AUGACCAUGGGGAAGAUCGUAUUUUACGAGGACAGGAACUUCCAGGGGCGCUCCCACGAGUGCAGCAGCGACAGCGCCGACCUGCACUCCUACUUCAACAGGUGCAACUCCAUCCGGGUGGAGAACGGCUGCUUCAUGGUCUACGAGAGGCCCAACUUCAUGGGCAACCAGUACUACCUGCGGAGGGGCGAGUACGCCGACAACCAGCGCCUGAUCGGCAUGAACGACUGCGUCCGAUCCUGCCGGAUGAUCCCUCAGCACCGCGGCGCCUACCGGGUGAGGCUCUACGAGCGCUCCGACAUGUCCGGCCAAAUGCACGAGCUGGUGGACGACUGCCCAAACGUCCAGGACCACCUCAGCAUGUCCGACUUCAACUCCUGCAACGUGAUGGACGGCCACUGGCUGCUGUACGACCAGCCCAACUACAAGGGCAAGGCGUACUACCUGAGGCCCGGGGAGUACAGGAAGUACAGCGACUGGGGAGGCGUCAGCCCGAGGGUCGGCUCCAUCAGGAGGAUCACUGACCUCAACUGA